AAACCUGAUAAUCUGGCACCUUAAUUUUGAGCUGGGUUUACCAACGGACCCGUUUUCAAAACUACGCCACCACCUACUUGAGAAACUCCUCGCGUUUACCCAUAAAAAAAAUUCGAGAACAACUCCUCUCCAGAAUCCGAGCCCGCUAUACCGUUUCUAGCCUCUAAAUCGGGUCACGAAAUCAGAAUGGGUGUGGCAGCAAAAAUCGCACCGUCGAUGUUAUCAUCGGAUUUCGCCAAUUUGGCAUCGGAAGCUCAGCGAAUGCUCGAUUGCGGCGCCGAUUGGCUUCACAUGGACAUCAUGGAUGGGUAUAACCUCAAUUAUUGUCUCCUUCAAAAACCGUUUAUCCUUCAUUACUGCAAACUUAUGUUCCUCUUUGUAUUAUCUCUGUUACUUAAGGUUGUUGGGUCUUUUUUUCUUUUAAGCUUUGGUUUAAAUAUUUGGGAGCUUAAAGUUUGCAGCUUUCAUUCUAUAAUGAGUGAAAAAAUUGAUUUUUGUUAAAUAAUGUGUUAAUUGAUUGAGGCCAUGGUUAUUGCAAGGGGAAAAAGACUGGUUCUUUUGUUUGCGAUUUCAUUAGAAAGAAAGCUAGUUCACUGCAAAAUGGAACAUGGGUUAUUAAAAAAGUAUUAUGGUUAUAGAAAGUAAUAUAGAAACAGGUGAGAUCAUAAUGCAACAAAGGAGUGAUAAGUGAUAACACGUGUUUAGGGCAGAAGACUUUUUUUUUUGGUGCGUGUGCAGGCUUUCACUUAAUGAAUUUUGCGUGUUAUACGUGAUUUUAGAGCUUAGUUGGAUGGUUUUGUUGUUUGAAAAUGUGGUUGUUAUCUUGUUCUUGUAUGGAAUUCGCUUAAAACACUAGAAAAGCUUUGUUAUGUUUGUUGAUGUUUCUGCAUUGGCUUUUUUCAUACUGUUAUUGUUGAAUUGGUAUAUGUUCUUUUGUUGUUUUAUCAUAGGCACUUUGUCCCUAACCUAACAAUUGGUGCUCCAGUCAUUGAGAGUUUGAGAAAACACACAAAGGCAUAUUUGGAUUGUCACCUUAUGGUCACGAAUCCUCUUGAUUAUGUGGAGCCUUUGGGCAAAGCUGGCGCUUCAGGAUUCACGUUUCAUGUUGAGGUAUCCAGAGAUAAUUGGGGAGAACUUGUCCAGAGAAUCAAAUCAAAGGGCAUGAGGCCUGGUGUAUCAUUAAAACCCGGUACGCCGAUUGAAGAAGUUUAUCCUUUGGUUGAAGGUGAAAAUCCUGUGGAAAUGGUCCUUGUUAUGACUGUAGAACCUGGAUUUGGUGGACAGAAGUUCAUGCCAGAAACGAUGGAUAAGGUACGGACUCUAAGGAAGAAGUAUCCAUCACUUGAUAUAGAGGUAGAUGGUGGUUUAGGGCCUUCAACAAUUGACAUGGCAGCUUCAGCUGGCGCAAACUGCAUUGUGGCAGGAAGUUCAGUGUUUGGAGCUCCUGAUUCAGCACAAGUAAUAUCUCUCCUGAGAAAGAGUGUUGAGGAAGUUCAGAAAAACAACUGAUACUGGCAGAUACAAGACUUUUCAGCAUUGCAUGUUUAAGGAAUAUAUGUCGUUGUUCUGUUUGGCAUUUUGGAAUUCAUAAAAUGGCAUCUUUAUCUCCUCUUUUCAAGUCUACCCAUCUCGGCAACACUGUAAGAAGUGCACACAACUAUGUACGAUAAUGAGAUCCAUGGAGGGUCUGAAUUAAGUUAAUAAAUGUAUGUGCCUUUCACAACAUAAUUUCCAAUAAAUUUUUUCAAUAAAUCCUUAUUUACAGCUUCAAA